AUCUUGAGCGCCUAGCAGCAUAAAACUAAGGAUCCCUAUGACAAUCUCCCCGUGAAGUCCACUUCGAUCAUCCUCAAAAUCAUCAACUUUUAGAAAUGGCGCAGCUCAUUCUAAAUCCCACACCCUUUCGAUUGUUCGAAGAUUAUGCACAACACGAUGAGUACGGUUUAAAGGAUAGACUUCGCACAAAUGCAAUCGCAGUUUCCCCUGACGGGCGACGCAUGAUCACGGCCUCGUGGCAUAUGGUUCGUCUGUGGGACAUGAAGGAAGGUAUUCUGUUGAAAAGGUUGGAGGGACAUUCGUGGAGCAUCGUGAAUGCAUUGGCAGUAUCGCGAGAUGGGCACAUGAUAGCAAGUGGUGAUGAACAAGGGAUGCUCAUCGCGUGGGAUUUAAACAUCGGGGAAUCUCUCACUCAAGCCAUCAAAGCCCACUCCGGUGGGAUCCCAUCGCUGGCCUUUUCUCCCGAUAGCUCAGUGUUGGCGACCGGGUCAAGAGACGGAACGAUAAAGCUGUGGUGCACAAAAACCUGGGAGCUGCUGGGAAAUCCAAUCACUUGCGGUCAUAACUUUCAAAAGACAAAUGUCCGCUGCAUCCGGUUUUCGCCGUCUGGCGAGCUUCUUGCGAUUGCAAUACAGAACACUAUCAAAAUCUAUAAUUCGGGCACGAGAGAACGCGUAGCAAACUUCCUAACCUUUAAGGGUCCCACUGAAACAAGCAAUGUAACCAAUGAAUCACACAGUAACUCGCUUGCCUGGAUGCCCGAUGGUACACGGCUUUUUACAGCGGGUGGUGCCACGGAUCCGACCAUACGCGAGUGGGAUACAUCGACCUGGACGCAGGUCGGUGAUCCCUGGAAGGGCCAUUUCAAGAAUAUUCAGGCCAUUUCCCUAAACUCUAACGGCACUCUCCUUGCCUCCGCAUCUGAUGACAACCGUAUCCGACUCUGGCGUGUCUCAGAUCGACGAACCAUUGUCGUAUUCAAACACCCUAGCGAGGUGCAGUGCGUCGCCUUCUCCGCCGAUGACAGGCGAAUCCUCAGCGGAGACCAGGAUAAGAAAAUCUCAGAGUGGCUAGUAUUUGAGGACGCUUUGCCAGAGGAUCGUCCAAAGAAUGUUCUCAAGGAUGAUUCAAAGGAUGACCCCAAGGAGCAGCUAAUGCACCAGGCCCAAGCCUACUCUGAUUUCAAGGUCCUCACUAUGAACUCGGACGUUCGAAAUGCGUGCAUAGCUGGUGAUUUGCGCGCCGCUGAAAUAGCGCUAGAUCAAGAGAUUGACAAUGAUGCCUUUAAUUACACAUCCUAUGCCAACCGCGCAUUUGUUAUGGCACGAGAAUCUUACUGGGACCGCGCGCUCCAUGAUGCAAUUAAGUCCGUCAGAAUUCAGCCCUCGUUUUCAGGCCAUAUUUCCAAGGGCAUUGCCCUCUGCGGGAAAAGGCAAGUUUUGGCCGCGAGGACAGCAUUUGACCUCGCGUCAGCGUUCACCAACGGAGAUUUGAAGAACACUCAUUUCCUUUUCUUGGUCAAGACCAUCGCGUUGUUUAACGCGGGUGAACAUGAAGAGGCAAUGCUGCGCGUCGAAGAGCUAGCUAUCUCUCCCGAUGUCGAUACUCUUGCUUGUCGUGUCGUAGAAGCCUCUCUACGUGUUCGACUAGGAAAAACAGCCCUUGAUAACAUACGCUACAACGAAGCUGUUCACCACUUCACUGCCGCCGUCAAUGCCAGUGCUUUUUUUUAUAAAUUGGCAAUUCAUUCUACAUACGAGGAAUUUGUCAUACUCUUUGGUUGGGACCUCGAGUCCUUGUGGCAAAACGCGAACCAGCAACAAUGUCAGGCACUCUUUAGGGCGGGUAGAAUUGGAGCAGCCGUAGAAUCUUACCAAUCCACCAUGGACAAAAGUGAUGAGGAAACGAAGGCCCGCCUAAGUGCUUGGUUUACUGGUAAGUCUUCAGUAAUACCGUCCAACCUAAUAAUCCUGAUCCCCAACCGCACUUUACUUAGCUCUCCAGUAAGAACUAAGUGUCUUCUAUGCUUCCGAUGGAUGCGCUGCGCUCGCAGUGCGCGGCUACUUGUACAGUUCAAACACGGAGUUUUGAGCAGUUUUCGUUUGCACCUUGACAGUAUCUGCACUACUUUUGAUCUGAGAACUCCGAGUCGUAGAAUAACACCUAGAAUGGCUGAAGAAAUGACAACCUAGUUCCUCACUA